AUGUCAGGACUAGCGCAUAAUAAGGCACUGCCUUAUAAAAGAAUUGUCGAGUUAUCAUUCCAUAGAACGCGCUUACCAUCAGAUGCUUCAUUACUAAGAAGAUUCGAGCAAAGACCCGCAAUUAUUAACAUCCAUGGGCUCUUAGGCUCACACGUGAUGUUUCAUUCUUUUAAUAAACUUCUUUCAAGGAAGAUUGACGCUGAUAUUUUUUCUGUUGAUGUAAGAAAUCAUGGCAUUUCACCAAAGGCCAUACCUUAUGACUACGUUACGUUAACCAACGAUUUGAUACAUUUUAUCGAAACGCAUAUUGGCUUGGAGAGACCUAUUUAUUUACUGGGAUUCUCUAUGGGUGGUAAAAUUGCGUUAUUGACCACGUUGUACAAGAACAUUAAUAUACGAAAGUGUAUAUCGAUUGAUUUGCCGCCUUACGAAACCCCAAAAUUAGAUCCCAUGAUAUUACAAAACUACGACUUAAUAAUGAGGAUUAUCCGCAGGGAUGUCAAAAUUUUAAGAGGUUCUAUCAACUGGCAGAAGAGAGUUCUUGAACUUUUCAAAAGUUUGCAAUGUAAUAAAAGGAAGUGCGGCGGAGCUGUAGCACUUUACUUUGCCAACGGUUUUCUUUCUGUAAAAUCGAAUAAUGUACACCAAGCACAAUCAUAUUAUGGACAACAACAGCAUGACAGAGCCUCUGAUCCCUAUAUAAAUUUUUCAAUGCCCCUCUCCAGCAUGCCUCACUUGUUAGAUGAAGUAAAAAAAUGGCCGGACCUAUCUAAUCAAGACGACUUCUUCCAAAAGGGUGUAGCCAGUCGUAAAGUUUUAUUCAUGAAAGGUUUGCAGUCCAACUUUAUUAGCAAUGAUUAUUCUCUCUUGAGGGACAUCUUUCCUUGUGCUGAUGUUCAGGAAUUUAAUACUGGGCAUAAUCUAUUAUUGGAGAAUCCAGAAGAUUCUUUCAAAUGCAUUUUAGACUUUUUUGUGGAAGAAACGUUGGAUUUUGAAUAA